AUGGUACAUUUAUGGCUUCGUGCAGAAACCAAGCCGAAAGAACAUCGAGCAGCUCUGACUCCUUCUUCUUGUAGAGUUUUAAUUCAAAAUGGUAACGAGAUUAAAUUUUCCAUAAUUAUAAUUUACUCACGCGAUGAAGAAUAUGAGCGAGAAGGAUGUACUUUAGUCCCUUUUGGAACUUGGAAAACUGCACCUUCUGAUGCUUACAUUACUGGUCUUAAAGAACUUCCAGAGUAUGAUAAUUCGCCACUCUCACAUUCUCAUAUCUUUUUUGCACAUUGUUACAAGAACCAGAGUGGCUGGCAAGAUAUCAUUAGAAGGUUUGUGCAAGGCAAUGGCAUUCUUCUUGAUCUAGAAUUUUUAACGGAUGAGAGAGGUCGGCGUGUAGCUGCAUUUGGUUAUCAUGCGGGAUUCGCCGGUUCUGCUUUAGGCCUUGAUGUUUGGGCUCAACAACAAAUUCACCCUGGACAAAAGUAUCCAUCGGUUGAGCAUUUUCCUAAUGAGAAUGAUUUGAUCACUUAUGUAAAAGAUCGAUUGAAUAAAGCAAUCAGCAUUAAAGGAUACACACCACGUAUCAUGGUCGUGGGUGCUCUUGGUAGAUGUGGUAAGGGAGCAGCAGAAUUUGCACGCAAAGUCGAUAUUCCUGAAGAAAAUAUUAUUAAAUGGGAUCUUGAAGAAACAAAAAAAGGAGGUCCAUUUCCGGAAAUUCUUGAAGCAGACAUUUUUGUAAAUUGUAUUUAUCUUAGUCAAAAAAUACCACCAUUUCUCACUAAAGAAAUGUUGGAUUCACCAAGAAAACUUUCUGUGAUCGUUGAUGUAAGCUGCGAUAAUACCAAUCCUAACAAUCCGAUCCCAGUUUAUACCGGUAAUACUUCUUUUGGUAAUCCGACCAUUGCGGUGGAAACUAAAAAUACACAUCCUCUAGAUGUUAUUUCAAUUGACCAUCUACCAACUUUAUUGCCUAGAGAAAGUAGCGAACAGUUUACAACAGAUUUACUUCCUACUUUACUUGAGCUAACUAACCGUGAUACUGCUAAAGUAUGGGUUGAUGUUGAGAAGAUAUUUAGGCAAAAAGCUUCUUUAAUAGACUCCUAA